AUGAAAGGGUUAGGAGCCAACCGCAAUCGCUCCGACUCCUGCGACCCCACCCAUGGCCCCCCGGAGCCCCUGUACCCCCACCAGGCCUCCACACUGCCUCGGAGCCCCUACCUUCUCAGCCCCACCAGCAUGGACCACUACGGCACCAUGGACCCGCACCACUACAACCCCUCUGUGGACCACCACUACAAUCAGGGCUCCCUGCCCCCGGACUACUCUCUCCCCCUCAACAACCAGCUGUCCAACAGCAGCACCUUCCCCCGCAUCCAUUACAACGCCCACUACGACCCGUCCGACUUCUCCCCGCCGCAGGGGGACAGCAUCGGGGGCAUUAGCACGGGAACCCUGGGCACCUCCAUGUCCAUGGGCAUGGGAAUGGGCAUAGGGAUGCAUGGCUCGAGUGGCAUGGGGGGCCUGCAGAGCGGUCGGGGGUCCAUGAUCACCAGCGGUUCUGCCACCAUUUCCGGCGGGGCCAAGAUGAACCGGCAGCUGGCGCCUAACUUGCUGGACCAGUUGGACAAGCAGCUGCCUGGGGGGCCCAGAGAUGGCUUCAGUACACUGCAGUUCCACCGGAGCACAUCGGCCGCCCUCUCCGCCGCCUCCAAGCAGCGCACCGACAGCCCCGGGCGCAUCCGUAACCUGGUGUGCUCUGUCCAGAAGCUCUUCGCCAAGUCACAGUCCAUGGAUGGCCACAACCUCAAGGGUGUCAACGGGCGUUCGGGUGCAGGAAGUGGCAGCGGCGGGACCUCAUCCGGGACCGAGGACGGUGGGAAGCGGGACCAGCGAGCCAAGAGCAAAGACCGGGGCGGGUCCAAGUCAGACGGGGGCGGGACGGGCAAGCGGCGGCCGCGCUCCAACAUGUCGGGCUACUGGAGCUCGGACGACCUGGACAGUGCGGACCUCAGCAACUACCGCAACCCCAUAGCCAUGACACUGGGACGACCCACAGCGCAUCAGCAGCAGGGGCACCAGAGCCGCUACGUGGUCCACAGCGGAUACAACACCAUCAGCUCAUCCAAGAGCAACAACGAGGUCAUAAAGUAUCAACAGGCACUGCCAGGACCCGGGGGCGGAAGUGGGGGCGGAGGAGGAGGUGGAGGUGGGAUCAGCAUGGGGGUGAACAGUAAUGACUUUAUGAAGGGGGGUUCGUGGUCAACACUGACCCUGGGUCAGCCCAGACAGGUGCUGCAGAAGGGCCACUCGGCGACCCUGGACCGGUCCAUGCUCAAGUCCAAGUCGUGCCAGCAGGAGCUGGCCUGCCACUACCUGCAAGUGGGCCGACAGGGGGACUGGAGUAACACGCUGGGUCGUAGCGGUGGAGGAGCCGGAGCCAACGAGAUCCCAUGCAGGCGCAUGCGGAGUGGCAGCUACGUGAAGGCCAUGGGUGACCUGGAGGACAGCGACGACUCAGACGGCAGCAUCAAGCCCUCGCCCAAAAUGGCCGCCCGCCGCCAGAGCUACCUCAGGGCCACCCAGCAGUCUCUGAGCGACCAGCUACCGUCACGCAACUGUCUUCCCGCUCUGAGAGAGCUUUCCACCAACCGUAGCCUGGACAACCUGGACUGUCUGGGGGGUCCGGUGGGGGGCUCCCUGUUCCCCCGCUGGGAUGAUGAGGACUUCAGCCAGGGUGGCGGCUGCAGCACCCUGGGGAGGAGCAGCUGCAUUGACCAGCUACGAGACCUAGAGAUGUUGAGUCAACGCUACGAGGAUAGCUGCCCCGAGUCGUCGUUCCGAGAUUCCCACACACUCUCACGCUCUCAUUCCCAGGCAGUGGAGCCUCCAGAUCUACCCAUGCCCACGUGCUUCCGAUCUCGUAGCCAUAGCUACCUGCGGGCCAUCCAGGCCGGAUGCUCGCAGGAUGACGACACUGCUUCUGUGGACUCGGAUUCGCCGCCGCCAACCGCCACUACUGUUCGUACCUACAGCACCAGCACUGUCUCCACAUGCAUCACCACCUGUAAGAAGCCGGCGCCCCCGCCCGUGCCACCCCGCACCACCUCCAAGCCCUACAUCUCUGUGACGGUGCAGAGCAGCACUGAGUCGGCCCAGGACACCUACCUGGAUCACCAGUCUGAGCGCGACCGCCGCAGCGAAACCAUCACCAGCCAGUCUAGCCAGGCACACAGCAAUUCCUCCGACAGCCUCGACAGCACGCGCGCCAACAGCCUGGCUCGGGGUGUCCCUCGGCCUAUCCCCAUGCCCGUCGCCACCCACCGGGAACCCCUCGCCGCCACCGUCCACCACGCCACCACCGGGACUGAGACCAAUGACUCCCAGCAUGAACCCCUGAGGACAGGCGCCAACAGAGGGAGCCUGACAGCAGAGGAGCCACGAGCGGACAUCGUGCCCCGGAGAAAGCUCUCCUCCAUAGGGAUACAGGUUGACUGCAUUCAGGAGGAAGUCCAGCGAGAGGAGACACCGCCAUUGGCCAGAUUCCAGUCAAUCGGAAUCCAGGCGGACGACGGCUGGCUCAGUCGCUCCAGUAGGAUGGCCUCCAAGCAGGAGACAGACUCUGACACACAGGACCUUCCCAUCAACUCGCACGCCAACUCCCACGCCAAGCCCGCCGCCGAGAAGAAGAGCAUGGUCAACAGCGCCUGCCAAUCCAUGGUGUCGCCCCCGUGCAGCGGCCAGGUCAGCAAGGGCAACGGAUCAAAUCCCACCGUUGACACCAGUACGUCGCCACCUCCGCUUCGGCAGAUCCUCAACCGCUCCACCACACGGUCCGACUCCUCCGACUCCUUCUCCGAGAGCAUGGACCCAGCCCUGGACCCCUCAUCCCUGCCCCCUCCAGACCCCUGGCUGGAGAGCGGGAACGGAAAUAGCGGUAGCGGGAACCCUAAUGCGGUGCCCCCUCCAGGCCCUGCCUGCCGGAGGGACGGACACUGGUUCCUCAAGCUGCUGCAGGCGGAGACGGGCCGCAUGGAGGGCUGGUGCCAGCAGAUGGAGCAAGAGACCAAAGACAACCAGCUCUCAGAGGAGGUGUUGGGGAAGGUCCGCAGUGCAGUGGGCAGUGCUCAGCUCCUCAUGACCAAGAAAUUUGAGCAGUUCAGAGGGCUGUGUGAACAAAACUUGAAUGUGAACGCCAACCCGCGGCCCACAGCCCAGGACCUGGCGGGCUUCUGGGACCUGCUGCAGCUCUCCAUCGAGGACAUCAGCCUCAAAUUCGACGAGCUCUACCAACUCAAGUCCAGCGACUGGCAGUCCCCUGCCGUGGCCCACUCGCCCCCCGAGCGGAAGGACAAGAAAGAGCCCCCUCCUCCAGUGCCAAAGAAGCCCGGUAAGGGGAGGCCGGUGCUGGGCCGCGAGAAGAGCGCCGACUCCGCCUCGUCCACCUCUUCGGCGGAGAAGCAGCGGACGGAGGCCCGCAAGCGCCUACUGGCUGCCAAGAGGGCCGCCUCGGUCCGGCAGAACUCGGCCACGGAGAGCGCCGACAGCAUCGAGAUCUAUGUCCCUGAGGCCCAGACUCGCCUCUAAGAGAGAGAAACUGGGAUGGCAGAGGGAGAGAGGGGGGGUUGGGGUCUUCUCACCACACACAGGGUAGUCUGGUCUUAGUGGCCGCCAGUCUACAGUAGAUGGAGUGAGAAACAAAGAGAGAGAGAGAACUUUUGGGCUGUAGACGAUAUGGGGAAUGCUUGUCUCCUCUCACGAGGCUGCAAUGGAAAAACCUAAACCACAGCCUUUGUUACUAUUUUUAGAACUUUUUUGAGGUUAUUUUAUUAGGAUCCCCAUUAGCUCUUGCGAAAGCAGCAGCUACUCUUCCUGGGGUCCACACAAAACAUGAAACACGUCAUAAUACAGAACAUUAAUAGACAAGAACAGCAUACAUGUAAAACGUUGCACAUAGCCUACAUACCAGUACAUACACACAAAACUCUUGAGUAUUACGCAAAUUAUGACAUUUUUUAUUGAUGAUGGUAUUAUUAUUAUCUCCUAAAGAAACUAUAUCAAGACUAUUUUAGAUGUACCUGUAUCUUGGCUAUAAGAGAUCUAAUAUGCGGACAGAGUAAGCGUUUGUGCUUUCCAAAGCCCCUCCCUCUCCCUUGCCUUGGCCAACCCAUAGUUUGCACAACACCACCAUGUGGUCAAACGUACACACACUUAUUCAGAGGAGCGCGCACACACACACACGCGCAUCAGACCCACAGCUAUCAAUGUCUUCCUGGUGCUUUUUUGUUCUCAUUGUUUUCUUCUGUUUUGUAUGAGCCCUUGCCUGCAGUUCUAGAUUCGUGAGCAGUUUCGGAAAGCAGGGCACCGAAAACUGAAUUAGGAAAUAGAGGAUUGGGGGUAUUUAACGUCAAAUAUCACAACUUCUAUAUAUAAGUGAGAUCUAUUGAAAACAUAAUGUAUGUUUUUGUCCAACCUUUGUUAAGGUUGUAUAUGAAAAAACAAUCGGUACUUUAUAACUGACUCAAACUACACUUACACAUCAGUAUUUACUGGAGUAACGUUUGAAGAUCCUACUUUUCCAUUGAGAUGAUAUUGUUUUCUGCCAUUUUUGGUCUGAGGAUGUAUUCAUCAGCCAGUGUCCACAGUCCCAUGACAAUGGCCACACUUUGCGCUCGCAUGUGUCUCCAUUGGUCUGUGAAUUUACUAAUCGGUCCUUUUUAUAAGGCACCACACAGGGGGGGGAAAAAAUGACUGAAACCUGGUGGAAACGCUCCUUUAAUUGUCCAUGGCAAAAUAUUUCGCUACGUUGUUCCCUAAUGAAUACAACCAUGGUGUAGGUAUAUCAGAUCAAUUGAAUAUAAUUCAGGUUUUGUGGAAAACUUGCACGUAGAGGGGUUAGACAGGACCACCAUUGAGAACUGUCCCGCUGGGAAAAAUGUGAUUGAGUUUUGUAUUGUUUCCUUGUUAUUUCAGGAUGCUUUUAACAACGUUAUCAUGUUGCAUCAUUGUGGCUAUUUCAUUGAACAUUUUCAAAAGUCUGCGGGUUUUAUAAAGUAGGUACUUCUAGCAACUCCAGCUUGUUGCGGCAGCAAUAUAAUUCAAAAUGGUUUCUUUCCCAAACUUCUGCCUCAACUUCCCUCUCUACAAUUCACCUUGUUUUUUAUAUUGUAAAUGAGUUUGCACAGAUGCUGGUGUGUUUCCCAUACGGGACCACUACUCAGUUUGCAUGGGAAAGUUGUGGUCAAUUCCACCUCAAAUUCCAGUCACUUCAACCAUAAUUCCAUUUAAAAUCUCUAUAGGAGAGCAAAUGAAACUAAGGCCAAUUCAGACUUGAGGUUAAGCAUCAAAUAACUUUGACUAAUGCCUGCUAAAUGACAGUAUUGUAUUCGACUAUUCUCCACACUGCACACACCCAUGUAAAUGGUCCGUGAUUCACUGCACUGCAUAUUCAGUGCUACUGUAUGGCUUUUCUCACAUCACAGUUCCUGACCAGACGGGCUCUUCAAAAGAGAUGGAGAAAGGAAAGGACACAACUCGAGGAGACUGAAGAAAGGAUUAGGAGACUAGGAGAGGAAACUGCUUUAGACUAUUUCAGUAGCACUGUGUGAAACCAUGUUGGAAGCUCUCUUACCCCCCCCCCCCCCCCCCCCCCCUACAGGUAAUAGUUUGCACUACAUCUCAAUUGUCCAUGACAGUUUUGGAGGGAAGGAUUUCAUUCUUGAAUGUAGAAGAAGACAUUGUUUGCAUUACAUUUUUUUUUAACUAAGCACCCUGUCAUACCACUGCCUACCACUUGUUGUAGUUUUAUUUACGUUAAAUAUCAUCCCUAGAUACCUACACAUUUUUGAAUUGAGACAAAUGAUUACAUCUCUAUUAUAGUACAUCUCUUUGUAAUUUCUUUGCCAUCAUUUAUUUUUUGAAAAUGCUGUUGGUACUUUAACAAAAAAAGAAAUGCAUUACCUUUCUGCCUGUGUGGGAAGUAUAGCCAUCUGGGGAUUCACUCUCUCAAGAGGCCUGUAAAAGUGGGAAAUGGAAUGAUUCCAGUCAAGUAAUAACAAAUAGCCUAAUCUCUCAUCUCACAAAACAUAUUAACUUUGUCAAAUGAAAAUAUCAGUAAUACAUUCUUUAUCUGGGUGUGAGAGAUCAAUACGUUUGAAAUUCAAUGGUAUUUAAUUCACCACUAGGGGACAUUUAUUUAAGGGUACCUGUCAAAAGUUGGUGAUUUUCAAAUGAUGAAACCCUGAUGAAGACAGCUUGCUGUCGAAAGCAUUAGUGACUAAAUAAUUGCAUCGGAGCUACUAGAGUGUGCGGCAUUUCCUUUUCUCUAAAAUGUUUUGCUUUCUCUAAAAGACUCCAGUGGUUGUGGGGAGACGCCAGGGGGGUGUCCCAAAUGGCACCCUAUUCCCUACAAAGUGAACUAGCUUUUACUUUUCAAAAGUAAUGCACUGUUUAGGGAGUAGGGUGCAAUUUGAGACAAAUUCUAUAAAAAGGCAGAGUGAACUGUAUACUACCAGGGAACAGCAUUUUCACAGUUGGUCAUUACAAAAAUGCUUCCGACCAUACAUUUCCAACCAGUACUGUUUUUUUGUUUUUUUUAUAGCUAAUUAAGACUUUUUGUGGUAGCCAGAUACUGGUUCAUUGUGUUUGUUUCUUGUUGUUUGACAAAACACUGAAGAAUGUAGUCUCCUCCCCCUUCUCACUAUCUCUCACAUACUAUGACCAACUGCUAUUGAAUGUUCUGUGUCCAAUUCCACAUGGUUUCCCCUUUGCUACACAUGGCUAGGGCAUGCAGUAGUGACAGGGAACUCUACCUACAUCUUUACUAUAUGUCAGAGUAAACACCAAUGAGUUUUCUUCCAUUUCUCCUUCUCAUCCCCCAACAUGUUCUCCUGCACCAUAUUGCUAGCCACAAACACUACCUUUCCCUGCUAAUUAAUUAGUGGUUCUUCUGUUGUUCCAAUGGCUCAGUCUGUUGAAGAUGGUGCUUGCAACACCAGGGUCACCACAGGGGGACAUAUACAAUGUGUUCACUUGAAUAAAAACGACAUUCACUUUUA